AUGGAGCCAAUCGCCGUCCAGAACCCGCUAGUCUCAGAAAGGAUGGAGCUGUCGGUCCUGUACAAAGAAUACGCUGACGAUGACCAUGUCUAUCAGCAGAAGAUCAAGGAUUUGCUGAAAAAGUAUGCGUUCAUCCGGAAGACAAGGCCGGACGGCAACUGCUUCUAUCGGGCCUUUGGCUUCUCCCACCUCGAAGCUCUGUUGGAGGACAGCAAGGAACUGCAGCGCUUCAAAGAGGUGGCCGCCAAAAGCAAAGACGUGCUGGUGUCUCUAGGCUUCACAGAAUUCACCAUCGAGGACUUCCACAACACACAAGUGGAGAAGCAGAUCACGGUUCCGGAGCUGCUGGCCUCCUUCAAUGACCAGAGCACCUCAGAUUACCUGGUGGUGUACCUGCGACUGCUCACCUCCGGGUAUCUGCAGCGUGAGAACAAGUUCUUUGAGCACUUCAUCGAGGGAGGGCGCAGCAUAAAGGAGUUCUGCCAGCAGGAGGUGGAGCCCAUGUGCAAGGAAAGUGACCACAUCCAUAUCAUCGCGCUAGCCCAGGCCCUCAACGUCUCCAUCCUGGUGGAAUACAUGGACCGGGGCGAGGGCGGCGCCACCAAUCCCCACAUCUUCCCUGAGGGCUCGGAGCCCAAAGUGUAUCUACUGUACAGACCGGGACACUACGACAUCCUGUAUAAAUAGAGGCAGUAUUGGGGGGGGCUCCCGCCUGGCCGGUUAGCCAGGCCCCCUCUUUCUCUCUGUCUCGCCCACGUCUCCCUGCCCACCCGCUAGGCAGCGUCGUCUGUGGUUGUAAAUGGUGAUCGCUCUUGCUGCCAUCUCGCUCACUUGGUUUAUUAUUAUUAUUUUUUUUCUCCUUUUGUUGUUACACUCACACACUUCUGUGUUUUAUUAAAGGGGAUGCCGGUGAAA